AUGAAUCCUUGCGCACCGCCGGAUAUGUCGGGGAUGGACGUCUUGGGUUUGCUAUCAAACCCUAGCUCAAAAGCGUCUCACGCUCACCCUUAUGCCUCUUCGAUCUCCUCCUCCGCCUCCUCCUCUUCCUCAUCCGUCUUCUCUAUCGAUGCUCAGAGUUCCAUCUCUUCCACCGCUACAAACCCCGUCGAUGUGAUUUGGGAAAAUGAUACUGAGGCUCAGUCUGGGAGAACGUCGGGAGGUUCGCGUACCUUUAACAAGGUCCCCGUUCCUUCCACAGAUACCGCCGUGCCGCCCGAGUUGCGCAUGCACCCUCGGCGCACCAACAGUGCCGCGACCAGUGGUCCCGGUGCUCGUCCACCACCUUGCUUGCUCCGCCAGUCCGAGCGAAAAGUGAAUUUUGUCGAUAAUCUUGUCGAUACGGCAUCCCAGAUUGUUGAGAACAUCUGGCCGUUGUCGGCCGCAGCAUCCCGCAGUGAUGCCGCGACCGGAUCAAAGGGGGUUCUCCCCCUGCGGACUUUUAUUCAAGAAACACUUCGUCGUUCGCGAACUAGCUACAGUACUUUGCAGGUGGCAUUAUACUAUCUUAUUAAGAUCAAGCCGCAUGUGCCUGCCCAUGAUUUCACCAAGGAGCAAUCCCGUGACCAGUCAAUGAUGCGGGCCAUGCAGUGUGGUCGUCGUAUGUUUUUAGCAGCGUUGAUCUUGGCUUCGAAAUAUUUGCAAGACCGAAACUACUCCGCCCGGGCUUGGAGCAAGAUCUCCGGUCUGAACACGCUGGAAAUCAAUCAGAAUGAGUUGAUGUUUCUGCAGGCGGUCGGUUGGCGUUUGCAUAUCUCCGAGGCUAUGUUCCAGCGCUGGACUGACCUUGUUCUUAAGCUGACUCCCGGUGCCGGUGGCCCUCCUAUCAGUGAGGGUCAGUGCUGGCGUACCGUCCUCCCCCGGUUAACCCCCGAACUGGAGACGAUCGAACCGGAGCAGCCGAUGACCCCGAUCUCGGCCAUGGACGGCAUGGAUUUGGGUGCUUUGUCGGAAUCCCCGUCCCCGCGCAGCGCGCCCGGUAACGAGUACCUCCGUACGCCCCCACGCGAACAGAUGUCUACUUGCCAAAAUCUUCCCCGGACUUUGGAACCGACACCCCGGAUGGGAUAUGCGACCAGUUUGCCUAUGGCGACCCUUCCGCGUCCUACCAUGCUUCCGACCCCUCAGAUGACCCCCCAGUCACAUAUGGCUCACACUCCUGCUGCGAGUAUGGCCACAUGUGGCUCCCGUCGCCCUUCCAUCGGUGCUGCGAUGUCUCAGGCACAGAACUUGGGUUUGGCGCGCUCGACUCUUGAUCAGCGCCCGCCUCUCUCGUUCUACCCUCGGACUCACUCUUACGAUGGAUACCCGGCUGCGGUUCGUCGGUCCUCUUUGGCUCGGUCCACCUCAUCGGCUUCCUCUCCGGAUUCGAUGGUGUCGGAUGUGUCAACUUUAUCAUCUCGCUCUUCGCGGUCUUCGUCUGUUUCAUCCAAUGCGUCGGGAGCGGGUGUUUGUGUUCCAGCUCGCUUGGCCGUCAAGGCUACUAUGCGGUGUACUAACAACUCCUUGAAGGAGAGCCGCAAGACCCUGGCUAUUGCUUCUCCAAUUGAUGAGAGCUCCCUGGUCGACUUAUAUAAUAGUUCCCCCGAUUCUUAUCAGGGUGCUACGGGCUCUGUUCCCGAUCUAUCCAGUUACUCGUUGGACUCAAGUCUGAACGAAGCUGCUCAAAGUCUUUGCCAAUUAUCUGGCGCUACACCCGAACUACGCCAAUGCCGAAAACGCGGUCGUACCGGAUCCGACGACAUGCUUCUCCAGAAUCAUGUUCGUCAUCUGAUCGACGCGGGUGCAUCAGGUCACUCCUCGGUUCUCCCCGAUGGACACCUGGCCAAUUCAUUUAUGAUUGGGGAUGGGUCUUCCCUCUCCGGCCCGGCUGGCAUGAAACGGGCCUGCUGCGGCAGUGAAGCGCGCAAAGUCGCUUUAAACCCGAGUAUACGCGCGGACUUCCUGAACUGA